AUGUUGCAGCGGCUGCGUCACGCCGUGGGCUGGGGACUGCCCGCGCCUCCGCCCAGUACGCGCGUGGACUUUCAAGUGUGUGCGGCGCUGGGACACGGCCAGACGCUGUGGAUCGUCGGGGACCUCCCGGCUCUCGGGGGCUCGAUUGACGUGGUCCAGAGCACGGGAGAGACGUGGACCGACGCGGGGCUCCAGCUCGUGACGACGCCGGCUUUGUACCCGAUUUGGUACAACCUCGAGCCGGUUCUGGUCCCCACAGGAGCUGUGGUGCACUAUCGCUACGUCGUGUGUUCAGGCAGCCGCUUCUUGCGGUACGAAGGGAUCGUGGAGGCCCACGGUCCCGUGACAAGAGAGCUCACGGUGGGCGUCGGGUACUUUCAGACUCAAGAUACACUGGACGGACCGGUGAAAUACUGCCGCCCGGUAGUACCGUCAAGUGAUGAGGAGGGUGCUGGUGCAAUGGGGACGAGGACAAGGGAGACAGAAGAGGCAGAUGAAGCUGUUGCUGCAGGACGGGCGGCUGAUGAAAGUCGGGCGGCUGGACAGGAGGAGGAAGUACCGGUGCUUCCUGCUUUCUGGGGAGUCAUUCCGAGACUGAGUUCAGGACAAGCGUUCGUUGAUCGACGUGCGAACGGAUGUGAAGAGAAAGGCAGCUUGAGGCCGCAAUGUGGGAACACUCGUCCGUUCGGAUCGGGUCGACUGUUGACGGACGCAAGUGCAGAAGAGAAGAAGGACGUUACGCGUGUGACGCUGAGGCGUGAAGAAACUCGGAUGCGAGGCGAGGAGGAUGUAGUCAAUCUGGUCAGUAAGCUACACACGGCGUCAAAAGAUAUGCCGAAAGCCAAGCCGGUCCUCACGUCGCCACGAACGGCAAGCAGGAGUGUGACGAUGGAGGCUACAGACGGAGUGAUUAUUGCCGUCCAUCGACUGCCAGUUCUUGUACGUCGAACUCCAGAGGGUUUCUAUCAUAUUGAGUGGGAAGAUGACAACCUCAUUUGUCCAUCAGGACUGCUGAAAGACUCGUACCGCGAGGCAAACUGGGACCGUGUCAGCUCAAUGAGACUAACAUGGGUCGGAACCGUCCGUUGCGCAGAGCCUAUUCCGAAGGAAGACGAAGAGCGAUUGGCCAAACAGCUUGAAGACUUCCAUUGUGUUCCCGUGUUUCUGGCGGAGCCGCUAAGCUCGACGUUCCAGAACUUUUGUUAUAGCACGCUGUGGCCCGUAUUCCACAAUAUAGUGGACGUGUACGGCGCGCUGCCUACACGUUGGUGGAAUCCUGGUCAGCAACGCAGUGCGUGGACUAGCUACAAGACGGUCAAUCGUAUUUUCGUGAACAAAGUCAUUGAGGUGUACAAUGAGGGAGAUCUGGUAUGGGUCCAUGGACUCCAUCUACUGGUCGCUCCAAGUUUCCUCACGCGGCGACUGCCUUGUGUCAACGUCGGGUUUUUCUUGCAUACCCCGUUUCCAAGUUCGGAAAUCUUCCGCACGCUCUCAAUGCGUGCAGACCUGCUGCGUGGUGUACUAGCUGCGGAUCACAUUGGAUUCCAUUUAUAUGAGCAUGCGCGUCAUUUCCUGACAAGCUGUCGUCGCAUUCUUGGACUCAAGUAUAGUACGCAACCUGGCGGUUACAUCGGGGUCGAGUACAGUGGUCGCAUGGUCAUGCUAACCAUAAGCCACAUUGGCAUCGAGCCCACCUUCAUGGACCGGAUCAACUCUAGCGGUCAGGUCGAGCAGGACACUGCAGUGCUUGCCGAAAAGUACGAGAGUAGCAAGUGUACAGUGUUUGUAAGUGUGGAUCGUGUGGAGAGACUGAAGGGCAUCUUACUGAAACUCGGUGCUAUCGAGUUUUUCCUUGCUCAGCACCCGCAAUACGUGGACAAGGUGCAGUUCGUGCAAAUUGGCAUCUGGGACAGCACUAGUCCAACCCCGGAGAACAAUAGCGUUCGUGCUGAGAUCCUGGCACAUACGGAGCGAAUCAAUAGCCGUUUUAGCGUACAGCACAAGGGGCCCAUCUUUGCGUACUCAGAGGUGGAAAACACAGAUAUGGCAUCCAGGCUUCCGCUUUGGCGCGCAGGUCAUGUUCUGUUUACGACCUCAGUUCGUGAUGCUGUUAAUUUGUACCCGUUCGAAUUUGUCUACGCGCAUGAGCUGGCCAAGUCACCAGGCGUUGUGAUCGUGUCGGAGUUCUCGGGAAGCAGUCGUGUAUUGACGGGUAGCAUUGGUGUGAAUCCGUGGAAACGUGAAGAAAUGGUUCACGCAAUGGAGCUUGCGUUGACCAUGUCGAAUGAGGAACGUGCUGCACGUCAUCGGAAAGAUCUGGAGUACAUUACGACAAACUCGCGAACGAAAUGGGCCAAGCGUAUUCUUGUUGAUUUGAAGCGCACGAAAAAGCAGACGGCGGAAGGAGACUACAUGGGUUACGGCCUCGGUCUGGGUUUUCGGAUGCUGGAGUUUAACGCCGGUUUUAAGAUGCUGGAGGCGGACGUUGUUGCCAAAGCUUACCGGGAGACAUUUCGCCGUGUGAUUUUUUUCGAUUACGGUAACACGCUGACGCUGGAGGAGUCUGCCGGUGCACACAACUUUUCGAAGUAUAUCACAGGCAGCGAGCAAAAUGCUUUCGUAUCAAAAGCAGAAGCACCGAAGGCGUCGCCCGACUUGCUCGCAUCUUUGUCUUUGUUGUGCGCUGACCCCCGGAACACGGUAUUUGUGCUGAGUGGUAAGGAACGCCUGGAUCUGGAGAAAACGUUGGGGUCGGUACGUGGUUUGGGGCUUGCCGCUGAGCACGGCUACCUGUACAAGUGGGGAACAGGCAUGAAUGUCAAUUCAACAAAUGGUCGUGCAUCGCUGUCGCGUGGCACUACUUCUAACAGUAUGGGGGUUGACGUGGAAGAAAGCGUGUGGCUUUGCACGAAGGAUAACUUUGAUGACUCGUGGAAGGAUGUGACACACGCUGUCAUGGAUAUUUAUACGCAACGCACACACGGCACAUACAUUGAGCUGAAAGGCAGCGCGCUGCUGUGGCAGUACCGUGAUGCUGACCCAGAAUUUGGGCAGCUGCAAGCUAAAGAGUUGCACGAUCAGCUUCUCCAGGUGUUGGAACACUUCCAGGUGGAGGUGGUGACAGGUACUGACUAUCUUGAAGUGCGUCCAGAGGGAGUUGACAAGGGUGUCAUCGUCGACCGCGUGAUGUCUACGAUUGAGUCCACAAGCGGCCAGUAUGUCGAUUUCAUCUUGUGUAUAGGCGAUGACUUGUCAGACGAGUUCAUGUUUCAGUACCUUGAAGAUGUGCGUGGCCGGCAAAACAUGUUCACAGUAACCGUAGGCAAAAAGCCUAGUGCGGCCAAGUAUUUUGUGAACGAUGUGGAUCAAGUCAUGGAGAUUGUGCACGCGAUGACGAAGGUAUCUACUGCCGCCAAGCGCAACUUCUCGAUGAACGAUUUGCGACUGUUUGAUCGCAGUGUCAGCACUAGCGGAGAACUUCUAUCAUUUCAGCGGGAUGAGGCUGGAUCAAACAGGUUGUCAGGUAGUGCGGGUUAUAUGAGCGACGACAGCGCUGAAGAUAUGAAGUCAUCGCCGUUCGAAAGCUUAACAGAUAGCGACAAGGCGUCUGCAUCAGAAGAGAACUCUCAGCCAGGCACAUUGGGGCCAUUGGCAGGUCGUGGUAUAGCUGGUCGAAGUUUGGGCGGGUUGGGACGUGGACUGGGACGCGGCCGUAAUUCCAUGUCAAUGAGCUCGUUGUCGUCGACGGGAAUGCCCUUGCUGCAUCCGACAUCGUCUACGUACGAGCAGUAUCUGAGCAACGUUGAUGAGUCGACGGGAGAAGAGGAAGGUGGUAUUUUUUUCUAA